AGUGGAUAUAAGCAUAAUCAGGAUUUAAGGCUGAACUAAAACUAGAGCAUGCACCCACCUCGUAUCUAUGAUGCGUAACCCGCAUCGACUACUACUAGGAUCCCACUUAAAAUUCCUUAACAAAAUCAAUGUGUGCCAAAAUUUUCAUUUGUCUAGUGUGUCACCUCAUUUUUUUCAACACGAUUCUGCGAUUCUCAAACAACGAAAAAUUGGGCGUGAAUUGGCCAACUUAUUGCAAUUGCCAUGCCCAAAUAUUCCCACUUCUCAUUACUACAAAAAAAUCCAUGCCCACAUUGUGGUGUUGGGUUUUCACCAACACGAUACCUUCCUCGUUAACACUCUCUUGCAUAGAUACUCAAAACUUAACUUAAUCGAUGCACAGAAGCUGUUCGAUAUUAUGCCUCAUAGGAACCUAGUUACUUGGUCCUCCAUGGUUUCUAUGUACACUCAACAUGGUUACAAUGCAGAAGCAUUGACAAUGUUCUGCCGGUUCUGGAGAAUUUGCAGUGAGGGGCCAAAUGAAUACAUUUUGGCCAGUGUCAUUAGAGCUUGUACUCAAUUGAGUAGUUUCAGUCAAGCUCUCCAGGUGCAUGGUUUUGUUGUCAAGGGUGGGUUUGUUCUGGAUGUUUAUGUGGGUACAUCUUUGAUUGAUUUUUACACCAAGCACGGUUGUGUUGAUGAAGCAAGGUUAAUUUUUGAUGGCCUGGAAGUUAAAACCACUGUCACAUGGACUGCAAUUAUAACAGGGUAUUCGAAACACGAAAGAAGUGAAGUAGCCUUAAAGUUAUUCAACCGAAUGAAAGAGGAUGAUGUAUGUCCAGACAGAUAUGUGAUUUCUAGUGUUUUGAGUGCUUGUUCGAUGCUUGAGUUUCUCGAAGGGGGGAGGCAAAUUCAUGGCUAUGUGUUAAGGAGGGGCUUUGACAUGGAUGUUUCAGUGGUCAAUGGAAUUAUAGAUUUUUAUUUGAAAUGUCACAAGGUGAAGACAGGUCGGAAGUUAUUUGAUCAGCUGGUGGCUAAAGAUGUUGUUUCGUGGACUACAAUGAUUGCUGGUUGCAUGCAAAAUUCAUUCCACGUGGAUGCCAUGGAUCUGUUUGAUGAAAUGGUUAGAAUGGGUUGGAAGCCUGAUGCAUUUGGUUGCACUAGUGUUCUCAAUUCAUGUGGUGCACUCCAGGCCCUAGAAAAGGGAAGACAAGUGCAUGCUUAUGCUAUCAAGGUCAAUAUUGAUAAUGAUGAUUUUGUGAAAAAUGGUUUGAUUGACAUGUAUGCCAAAUGUGAUUCCUUGAUUAAUGCAAGAAAAGUCUUCGACCUAGUGGCUGCUACAAAUGUAGUAUCCUACAAUGCAAUGAUAGAAGGAUACUCGAGACAAGACAAGCUGUUUGAAGCAUUGGAUCUUUUUCACGAAAUGAGGCUAAGUUCAUCGCCGCCAACUCUAUUAACAUUUGUAAGCCUUCUAGGGCUAUCUUCAUCAUUAUUUCUCCGGAAACUAGGCAACCAAAUCCAUGGCCUCAUUAUAAAAUAUGGGGUUUCUUUAGACAAUUUUGCUGGAAGUGCUCUAAUAGAUGUUUAUUCAAAAUGCUCAUGUGCUGGGGAUGCAAAACUAGUUUUUGAGGAGAUAUAUGACAAAGACAUUGUAGUAUGGAAUGCAAUGUUUUCUGGGUACAGCCAACAAUUGGAAAAUGAGGAGUCACUCAAGCUUUACAAAGAUCUUCAGAUCUCAAAGCUAAAACCCAAUGAAUUCACUUUUGCCGCUGUAAUCUCAGCAGCAAGUAACAUAGCUAGUUUGCGACAUGGUCAGCAGUUUCACAACCAGGUGAUAAAGAUGGGUCUUGAUGAUGACCCCUUUGUCAUAAAUGCCCUAGUGGAUAUGUAUGCCAAAUGUGGAAGCAUUGAAGAGGCUCUCAAGGCAUUUAGUUCCACAGACCAGAGAGACAUUGCCUGUUGGAAUUCCAUGAUUUCAACAUAUGCCCAGCAUGGAGAGGCAGCAAAAGCUCUGGAGGUGUUCAAACACAUGAUUAUGGAGGGAGUGAAGCCAAAUUAUGUCACCUUUGUAGGGGUACUAUCAGCAUGUAGCCAUGCUGGACUUCUAGACCUUGGAUUUAAUCAUUUUGAAUCAAUGUCCCGGUUUGGAAUUGAACCAGGGAUUGAUCAUUAUGCUUGCAUGGUUUCCCUCUUGGGCCGGGCUGGUAAAAUAUAUGAAGCUAAGGAAUUUAUCGAGAAGAUGCCAAUAAAACCAGCAGCAGUAGUGUGGAGGAGCCUGCUCAGUGCUUGUAGAGCUUCAGGUCAUGUGGAACUAGGGACAUAUGCUGCUGAGAUGGCAAUUUCGUGUGAUCCAGCUGAUAGUGGGUCAUAUAUAUUACUUUCAAAUAUUUUUGCAUCAAAGGGUAUGUGGGAAAAUGUCAGAAAGUUGCGGAAGAAAAUGGAGACGAGUAGGGUAGUGAAAGAACCAGGUUGGAGUUGGAUUGAAGUGAAUAGAGAAGUUCACAGAUUUAUUGCCAGAGACACAACCCAUCGUGACUCUUCACUUAUAUCUUUAGUUCUAGACAAUUUGAUUCUACAGAUCAAAGGGUUUGGUUAUGUGCCUGAAGUUGCUGCAUUUUUACUUGAUGAUUGAGAAGAAUCAAGAUGUGAUAAAAUUACAAUUAGCCGAGCCUUUAAGUUUCUCAUCAACUAUUAAGUAAAAUAUUUCUCAUCAAGAUGUACAUUGAUUGCUACUUCGUUAGGCAACAUUGGUCUUCUAGCCGUUUUCAUCCUGAAGACAUUUUCUUAACAAUGUUAAUUUCGUGAUCCAUGUAAUUUUGAGGUCAUCUGUUUGUCAAUAAAAGACGAGACUGUACAGAGGCUUUUCCUAGGGAUUGAACCAUGACAACAAAUUUCUUCAGCAAAUACCAAAGAGAUGGAGAUAUUCUCUUGCAGGUGACAAGUCAAGGGAAGGUGACGCCAAACGAAUAACUGUUUAGGUGGAAAAAGGACAAGUCACAACUAAUAGGCAGAAUUGUUGUGUUAAUUGGUACAUAAACGUUAAUGUGACCUUGCAAAUAUAGAUAGAUCUGUUAGUACCAGUGAUUUUGUGCAUGUAAAAUUUUGUAUUUCUGGUAUUACUCCCAUGUCCCAAGGAUACGAAAUUUUUUGUUGAAGAAAGCAAGAUAACACUAUCCCUUUGACACUAUUUGUUUAGUACUGUCUCAACUCAAAGCAGUUAGUUUUGCUUUCUUGGCAUGCUUGGAUUUAUUUAUAUUGGGAGUUUUUGGUCGAGCUCUCAGUUCAAAGGGAUAGGAUUCAUUCCUUGAAAAUGGAAUUACCCUGUGUUUG